GUCAACAAUAUGGCGCUGUCCGUGGUUCAUAUAAACGCUUCAUCUUCUGGUUGAUGUGUAUUUUUUAUUUAUUUAACGCUUUAUGAGUUUGCUAUUACAUUUAACAGACUGUGAAGUAUUAUCGGUUCUCUAUCGGGCCCGUCAGUUGACAUAAAAACCGAAAGGACCCCUGUUAACACCUGAACAACAACCAUGUCUGGGUCUAAUGCUUGGAGUCGAAGUCGAGAAAAAAUGAGACUUUUCCCGGAACUUUUUGCCCAGUGUGCAGGAGAGGCAGCAGCGUAUGGGAAGUGUGUAGCAGCUACCACUACAGGCAGACAGGAGCUGACCAAGGACAUGUGUGCCAAGGAAUUCACAGCACUGAAGACCUGUUUUACAAAUGCAGCCAAGAAAAAAGCCAAAUGAAUGGAAACUGUCGCGGCUUUGUUAGAACGGCGAAUACAGUGGACAGACCUCUACGGUGCAGUGCUGUGGGAGAAGACUCCAAGUCCCACGUGUUGAGUGUAUCAUUUUAUGUAGAUGUUAACACUUCCUGUACUUGGCACUGUAAAUGAGCUGAAUAUUUUUAACGUGUUGAAAAACCAACACACACCUUUUAUGACACUGUUAAAAUAGAGACUGCGUGUUAUGUUGUACCGCUUUAUACUUGAAUAUGCAAGACUGACUGUAAUAUACAGACGUGAAUAAAAUUUUGCUUUCGAUA